AUGGCGGUCCUUAAGCUUCUCUCGCUCGCCUCUGCGUCUGCGCUCCUGAUGGCCGACGCCGUCCAUCAAAGCGAGAAGCAAGCACCAUUGACAGCGAGAGCACAAUCGUCAACCUACACUGUAAAUCUUGGGGGGACUGCAGUGUGCCUCGCGGAAAUCAACGAGGCACGCGAAGCCGCUGGACUCGCACACUUCAAAGUGGCCACCGAAGAAGAACACAUGUUGCCUAAAGCUAAAACAGAGGAGCAGCACAAUACUGCAUGGAAUCCUGUUUGUGAAGCUCUGAUAAAAGAAGACGAAGAACAAGCAGAAAAGAGCACAAGUGCAAAUGGAUUUAAAAGUGGUACAUACGCCUACAUGGCCUUGCAAUCGGCGACGCCCGACUGUGCCGCCGCAGUGAGCCACUGGAAGGACGCCGUCAACAACUUCACUACAAUCCCUCCGGCGAAGGAUGAGCAUACGAAACUCUACGAGAAACAGCAGAACAUUUCUUUUGUUGCCAUGUACAACCCUUCAAACGAUGCCGCUGCUGACUGCCGCGUCGUUACCUGCACACAAACGGCAGCUCCCGACCCCCCAACAGAUGAAUUGCGGAAUGCUGGUGAAGGGAAGACAGGCUAUGCUUUACUGUGCAUGACCACACCUGAAGCACUUAAAGCGGACGCAGCUCCCUUCGACGAAGAGCAGUGGAAGAAGAUCAAGGCAUCCAUCACAGGUUCUGCCUCUGCUGUUGCCCCGAGUCUGCUGGCCGUCGGUAUUGCGGCCGUUGGCUUGUUGGCCCUUUAA